AUGUCAUCCGCUUCUGCUUCUACCCCCGACACUAUUCGUGAUGAUGUCAAGGUCGCCGAGACGCAGUCUGUCAACCAGACCGUUGCGCAAAUCCGCUCUCUAGCCGCCGGCGCAGCUGGCGGUGUCUGCGCCGUUGUGGUUGGGCAUCCGUUUGACCUGGUUAAGGUGCGACUGCAGACGGCCGAGAAGGGCGUUUAUAAGGGCGCGAUGGAUGUCGUGAAGAAGACGGUUGCCCGUGAGGGGCUGGCUCGUGGUUUGUAUGCUGGCGUUUCAGCUCCGUUGGUGGGCGUUACUCCUAUGUUUGCUGUCAGCUUUUGGGGUUACGAUCUUGGCAAGACGCUCGUUAGCAACUUCUCCACUGUGCGCGUGGAGAACAACACCCCUCAGUACACUAUCCGUCAGAUAUCCGCCGCCGGAUUCUUCUCGGCUAUCCCCAUGACCUUGAUUACGGCCCCCUUCGAGCGAGUCAAGGUCCUACUGCAAAUCCAAGGCCAGAAUCCGCCGCCGCCCGGCCAGAAACCCAAGUACUCCGGCGGUCUCGACGUGGUGCGACAGUUAUACAAGGAGGGCGGUAUUCGCAGCGUGUUCCGCGGCAGCGCAAUGACUCUGGCUCGUGACGGACCUGGAUCCGCGGCCUACUUCGCCGCAUAUGAGUAUAUCAAACGGUCCCUGACGCCUAAGGACGAGAGUGGCAACGUUACUGGGGAGCUGUCGAUGCCGGCUGUCUUAACUGCCGGCGGUGCGGCGGGCAUUGCCAUGUGGAUUCCUGUCUUCCCCGUCGACACGAUCAAGUCGCGUCUGCAGAGCGCCCCCGGACGGCCCACGAUCGGCGGCACUAUUCGCUCCGUGUAUGCCAGCGGCGGCUUCAAGGCCUUCUUCCCUGGAUUCGGACCGGCUUUGGCCCGAGCCGUGCCUGCCAAUGCUGCUACUUUCGCCGGAGUCGAAGUCGCUCACAAUUUUAUGAAGAAGUUCUUUGAUGACUAG